AGAAAAAUGAACGGAUUAUUAAUGCAGAAUUUUUUAUCCUGUUAAAUGUAAAUUAUUUAGAAAGAAAGAAAAAACAAAAAAAUAUUCUAAUGUUAUCAUUAUUAUAAUUGUUGCUAUGCCCCACCCCUCUGUAAUAAAAAAAAAAAGAUCUAUAUAAUGUAAUCAUUGAAACAAGCAAUUAUCAACACUUUUUUUUCUUCAUUUUAUAUAUAAAGAAAGAAUUUUAAAAAGAAAAUGUAUCCGAAAUCGUUAUGAAUGCAUCAAUUAAACGUGAACGUUUAAAACCAUCAUCAUCUAUAUCUAUACGUAAUAAUCAUAAUAAUCAUAAUUUUACUAAACGUUUAAAAAAUCGUAUUUGUUCUAAUUCAUGUUUAAAAAUUAUAUAUUUAUCAUGUGCUACAUUAAUAUCAGCUAGUUUUAUUAUUGAAUGUAUAUUAUUACAUUUAAUUAUUAUACCAUAUUUAUCUGAAUCAAUAUUUGAAGAAGGUAUGUGUAAAUAUAGUAGUUCACGUCGUGAUGAUUCAAAUAAACGUUGUGAAAAUAAAUGUUCUAAAGAACGUUCAACAUUUCCAUGUUUACAAUUAAAAGUUAUAUUUACACCAAUACAUAUUAUACCAUAUAAAAAAUCAAAUAAAAAAUUAAUUAAAAAUUAUAUCAAUUAUGAAAACUAUCAUAGUAACAAUAAUAAUAAUAAUAAUAAUGAUCAUUCUAUAGAUCAUUCAUUUGUAUCUAUGAUAGAUUAUUCAACUGUUACAUCUGAUGCUAAAAUUAUUUCUACAGAUACAUCUAAUUAUACUAUAUUUUAUGAUUUUCAAUCAUCAGAAUCACGUAUAGUUUAUUUAUAUGAUUAUUUUAGUACAUUUACAGCAUAUAAAACAAGUCGAUGUGCAACAAGUCCAUGUCAUCGACGUGAAGAAGAUAAUAAACUAGCUGUGGAAGAAUUCAAACGUGAUUUAAGUCGACGUAAUAUAUUUCGAUGUUAUGCUACACCAACACUAUCACAUACAACACUAACAAGUAAUCCACAUUUUUCCAAUAAUAUUUUAACUAAUGAUCAACAAUCUUCCACUACUACCAUUUCGUCUUCUUCAUCAUCAGCAUCAUUAUCUGUUUCUUCAAUUUCACAAUCUUCUACAAUAUUAAAUAAUUCUAUACUAAUAUCAAUGGAUAAUAAAUCACCAACUAAUCGAUAUCAUCUACCUCUUAUUCAACAAUUAGAUUCUAAUCAUGCUGCAGCUAUAUUACAUCGUUUAUAUACAUCAUCAAUGUUUAUGCAUGGUCUUCUAUGGCCUGGUGGUAUAUUUUUAACUGCUUUAAUCAUUUUAUUAUUUACAUAUUUUACUGAUUCAUGUGAAGCAUGGGCUGGAGAUAAAACUGUAAUUGCUUAAACGGAAAAAUCUAUUAUUUCCUUUUAAAUGAUUAAAUUUCAUUUCAUAAUUCAAAUUAUCAAUUAUUAUCAUUAUUUAAUUGAUAUUGCUAUGGAUCAUCAUAUACUAUAGAGAUUGACUUUUUGUUUUUUUGCUAUUCAAAUAUUGAUGUAUGUGUGUGUGUGCGUGAGUGUGUGAUUCAGAUAGUGUAUUUAUAUGUUUGUAUGCAUAUCGUAAAGGUUUGUUUGUGUGUGUGUGUGUGUGCACCUGGAAACAUGAAGUAACAGAUAGUAUCUAUGAUGAAAUUUGUUCAUUGUUUAUUCUUCAUUUUAUUGAUAUGGAUUCAAUCUUCAAUAAUGUAUAAUUUAUAAAUUCUUCAAAAUUUUUAGUAUGAUCAUAAAAUUCAUUAUGUAUUCAUCUUUAUUAUGAAGAUUUAAAGAGUGAAGUGUUAAUAAUUUACUUGUUAUUUUCAAGAAUAUUUGUAAUGCUACUAGUAAUCAAACUUGUGAUCUUACGAUCCAUAAGGAGUGAAUGUAUGAUUAUG